CGUGGCCCAAGCUGAACGAGAAUAUACCACUUUUCCCAUCGCGCAACCACGUUCUUCUUUAUCUGGCUUUCAAGUUGCCUCCAGCAAACUGCAGCUUCUCUGCGCAUCCAUCCCGGCACUGAACAAAGCACCAGCAAACAGCAAUCAUGGAGCUCGCUGGCCUGUCACCGAAUGCCACGUUCGAUCCAUACCGCCAGGUCUUCACCAUUAUGAUGCCAGAUGGAACGACCGAUAUCGCCGUCCACAUGGAGCACAUCUUCCGACUUCAAGACACCACGGUCGACACGGGUAUCAUCUAUGGCGUCCAGCUUGGCAUUUCGGCAAUCCUGAUGCUGAUCCUCGCCAUCAUGACCAGACCGGAGAAGCGUCGCAGCAUCAUCUUCUUUCUCAAUCUUGGCUGCUUGGUGCUCCUGCUCAUACGUGCCAUCAUGAUGAGCAUUGCACUUCACGGUCCCUUCUACAACUUCUACAACUGGGUCGUUAGCUACUACCACGACAUCGAUGGCUGGAUUCGACUCUCUGUGGCUGCCGAAGUCGUCAACUUCCUGGUCGUUCUUGGUCUCGAGCUCUCGCUUCUGUUCCAAGUUCGAAUUGUCUGUGUGACGCUCAAGACACGUUGGCGACUGGUCGUAACAGCAGUGACCACAUUUGUCGCGGUAGCAGUAUGCGCUGUUCGCUUUGCGACUAUGGUCGUCAACGCUAGACUUGGCAUCGUGAAGGUCGCCGGUAAGACCGACGCAGAAUGGGCCCUGAUCGAUGCCAUGGCUUCAGCUUCGAACAUCUGCAUCAUUGCCAGCAUCAUCUUCUUCAGCGCCGUCUUCAUCGCCAAGCUCGGACACGCUAUCUGGCAGCGCCGCUCCAUGGGCAUGAAGCAGUUUGGGCCGAUGCAAAUCAUCUUCGUCAUGGGCUGUCAGACCAUGUGCAUACCAGGUGAGUGCCGCCAAUUGACUGCUUCCGUAACAGAUACUGACCUGCAUACAGCGAUCUUCGGCAUUCUCACAUACUUCGUAUACGGCGCAUCACAGAUCUACACCUUGAUGCCCGUAGUUGUCGGUACCUUCCUCCCACUUUCCAGCAUGUGGGCCGCCACCAACACGAACAACAUCAACAUUGCCGCGCCACACCAAGUCAAGCGCAAUCGCGACAUCGCUCUCGGACCACGUACACCGGGUCACACUGCAGACAACGAACGCUCACAGAGCGAGAAGGCGCUUGUGUGUGAUGAUACUUUGAUCGGUGACGACUCUCCGAAGAAAGUGAUUCACCAGGAUGGCACCAGCGUGGACGUGGAGCUGGGAAACGGGCCGGGCUACAUCCAUGUCGACCGCACCUACAGUGUCAGGUCCGACUAGGAGUCGCGUCACUACCAGGACGCGUCAAAGCAUGAUGGGGCAAGCAUAGCGUCGUCUGAGUUGAGAGUCUUCUGAUGGAAUGGAAAGAACGCGUCGCGGGUGCGAAGUAAAAGACAGGCGAGCCCAAAACUGCUCAUAAUCAGCCUUGUUUCCCUU